UCCGUCGUGGAGUUUCCGCUUCGACCUGGUGCAUCUCCCAGCGUGGAGCCAGCCGAGCCCGCCGGUCAGGAUGAUCACGGACGUGCAGCUCGCCAUCUUCGCCAACAUGCUGGGCGUGUCGCUCUUCCUGCUCGUCGUCCUCUACCACUACGUGGCCGUCAACAACCCCAAGAAGACGGAGUGAGGCCAGGGCUCCAGGACCUAGUCCGAGGCACGAUGGAGGGAGAGAGGGCCCCUCCUCACUCUUCAUCCCUCCUGCCCGGCCCGGCACACAGAGCAACUACACCUGGAUUUUUCCAAACAACUUUUAUUCCUCAAAGUCUUCCUUAAACCCUAUGGAACAAGAAGCUGCCACGUAGUAGGGGGUCCAGGAUGGAGGCUGCUUUUCUUUUUUAUUUGACUCCCCCCAAAAUAUAAAAA